CAUAUUGUGAAAUUCGCUUUAUCCCUUGCGAUCGAACAAAGAGUAUUCUUCGUCGUCGUCGUCGUCAUGGGUGACGGAAGUGGGAGCCGGUGGAGCAGGGCGGAGUGGGUGCAGCAGUACGAUCUGUUAGGGAAAAUCGGCGAAGGCACUUAUGGCCUCGUUUUUCUUGCAAGAACCAAAACCCCCUCUCCCUCCAAAUCCAUAGCUAUCAAGAAGUUCAAGCAGUCCAAGGACGGUGACGGGGUCUCCCCCACCGCCAUCCGAGAAAUCAUGUUGUUGAGGGAGAUUACGCACGAGAACGUCGUGAAGCUCGUCAAUGUCCACAUCAACCACGCCGACAUGUCGCUCUACCUCGCCUUCGAUUACGCCGAACAUGAUCUUUACGAAAUUAUUAGGCAUCACAGAGACAAACUCAACCAUUCUAUUAAUCAAUACACGGUCAAGUCUUUGCUCUGGCAGUUGCUCAAUGGAUUAAGUUAUCUGCACAGUAAUUGGAUGAUACAUCGAGAUUUGAAGCCAUCAAAUAUAUUGGUUAUGGGCGAAGGAGAGGAACAUGGAGUUGUUAAGAUUGCUGACUUUGGACUUGCAAGGAUAUAUCAAGCUCCUCUGAAGCCGCUAUCUGAUAAUGGGGUUGUUGUAACUAUUUGGUAUCGUGCACCAGAGUUGCUUCUUGGAGCAAAACAUUAUACCAGUGCUGUUGAUAUGUGGGCUGUGGGAUGCAUUUUUGCCGAGUUGUUGACCUUGAAGCCACUAUUUCAAGGGGCAGAAGUCAAAGCUACAUCAAAUCCCUUUCAGCUUGACCAACUUGACAAGAUAUUUAAGGUUUUAGGCCAUCCCACAUUAGAGAAGUGGCCUUCGUUGGCAAGUCUUCCACAUUGGCAACAGGACGUGCAACAUAUACAAGGACACAAAUAUGACAACACCGGUCUCUAUAAUGUUGUGCACCUAUCUACAAAAAGUCCUGCAUACGACCUCCUGUCAAAGAUGCUUGAAUAUGAUCCUCGGAAGCGUAUAACAGCAGCACAAGCUUUGGAGCAUGAGUAUUUCAAAAUCGAACCAUUACCUGGACGGAAUGCUCUUGUACCAUGUCAACUUGGAGAGAAAAUUGUAAAUUAUCCCACUCGUCCUGUGGACAACACAACUGAUCUUGAAGGGACAACCAAUCUGCCAGCUUCACAAGCGGUAACUGCAGUUUCUGGCAGCAUGCCUGGUGCUCAUGGAUCUAAUAGAUCUGUUCCUCGGCCAAUGAAUGUGGUUGGAAUGCAAAGAAUGCCAGCUCAACCAAUGGCGGCUUAUAAUCUCACAUCUCAGGCAGCCAUGGGAGACGGAAUGAAUCCUGGGAAUAUUUCAAAGCAAAGAGGUGUUCCACAGGGCCAUCCGCAACAGUUGAGAAGGAAAGAGCAAAUGGGGAUGCCGGGAUACCCUUCACAGCAGAAGUCAAGACGAAUAUAAGGGUUCUGCUCGGAGAGAAAACAAGUGAGGAUAGAUUUGGGGUCUCAAUAGUUCAGUGGACUCAUGCAGGACAUUUCUAGACACAGGAUCUGCCCUCAAUUCUCGCUAGCCUCGCUUUAUUGCAAUCAAAGAUUGGGUGCAUUCUUCAAUGGAAUUUUGAUGCUAAAAUGCUAACUGUAAUGUUGGAGCACCAAUGAAGUCGUGAAAGGAAAAGGGAAUAAACGCAGGAAGGGGUAAAGUUAUUGUAAAGUACAUUUAUUGUGAUUAUAACAAUGCAAUUCUCUUGUAUUUCUCAGCUUUUGGGCAGGAUCAAUGUCAGUAAAUCAAAUAUGAGCAUUUAUAUGUUUUCAAAAUAUAGCAUCAAAUCUAUCAAAUGCUACUAUGUAUCUGUAAGAAUAUUAUUACCUCGAUAGCAAAUAUCACUCGCAUUCGUUUGUAGGUA